AGGGAGAGUGUUACUGUUGCACAGUAGCUUGCUGCUUUUUCUUGCCAUGGAAGACUUCCAGCAUCAGCUGCUCAUUGUUACUGGGGCACUGAUCUGUUUCUCUGCUCUGCUUAAAUGCAUCAGAUUUAUGAAAUAUACUUUUCCACAUGUUUGGAGUGCUUUGCCUCAGGCUUUCUUCCGGUCGCUGGGAGAAUGGGCAGUGGUCACAGGAGCAGGAGAUGGGCUUGGAAAAGCAUAUUCCUUUGAGCUGGCAAAACGCGGGCUAAAUAUUGUUAUGAUAAGUAGAACUCUUGAGAAGCUGCAGAGAGUGGCCAAUGAAAUUGAGCAGGCCACAGGUCAAAAGGUGAAGGUUAUACAAGCUGAUUUCACUAGAAAUUCAGUAUACAAGAACAUUGAAAAAGAUCUGGAAGGCUUGGAAAUUGGUGUUUUGGUUAACAAUGUUGGAAUGCUUCAUAAUCCUCUUCCAUGCCGUUUCCUUAACGCACCAGAUGUAGAUGAGAACCUUGUCAACUGUAACAUUAUUUCUGUUACAAAGAUGACACAAAUAAUUUUGAAACAAAUGGAACUGAGACAGAAAGGUCUGAUUCUGAACCUGUCCUCUGGUCUGGGUACUUUCCCUUGUCCACUAUACACAAUAUACUCAGCAUCGAAGGCUUUUAUAUGCACUUUCUCCAAAGCACUGCAAGCAGAGUAUAAAGAAAAGGGAAUUAUCAUACAGGUAGUGGCUCCUUAUGGCAUCUCUACUCCAAUGACAAUGCACCAAAAACCCGGUCUUAUUACAAAGACUGCAGAAGAGUUUGUUAGUGAAUCACUGCAUUACGUCACUUUCGGAGAUGAGAUUUUUGGAUGUUUAGCCCAUGAACUACUGGCAUGUGUUCUGCAGCUUGUUCCUUUAUGGGUACUCCACAGUGACAGGCUUCAAGAAGUAGCCCUGCAGGCAUUUACCAGUUAUCUUAAGAAGAGAUGGAGGAAGUCCUAAGUCUUUUUUUUUUUUUUUUUUUUUUUUAAUGAUGAUGAUGAUGUGUAAUGGGAAACUCCAACAGGAAGCAUUUAACCAUGGCUCUGUGUAUGUGGAAAAAAAAUCUAAUCAGAUGGAAGCACAUCUCCAUGCAAAUCACAAAUCAAAAGAUAAUUGACUUGAUUAAGCGAAUUCAUUACUGUCACUUUCCAGUGACUUCUGUGCUUUAGAUAGUUUCUAUUAAGUGUUUCUGCUACUCUUACUAUUUUAACAUGAGCUUGGAGGCCACAGACAUUUAUGCUUUUUUGAUCUUCACAAAUAAAGCAAUAAUUUGCUUUGUUCCCAA